GCGGAGUGUUUUCAUUGCGGCAGCCAGUCACAUCGCAGCAUCUCCGCGAGAAAGCAUGGCAUUUUCCGUCAUUCCAUUGUUCUGCUCCCACCUUACUUGGUAAUAUUCCGUAAUGUCUGACGAUUUAGCCGUCGAAGUACGUUCAUUGUCUUUUGACUAUGGUGGACCCACCAUUCUCGACAAUUUGUCGUUACAGCUUCGUUACGGCAGCCGCUGUAUCCUUGUAGGAGCCAACGGCGCCGGUAAAACCACUUUACUGCGCAUGCUGGCAGGAAAGCGCAUGAUUCCAGGCGAUGUCAAGGUGCUCGGCAAAAGUGCAUUCGUCGACGCUCCCAAUGGUGUCACCUAUCUCGGUACAGAGUGGGCCAAUAAUCCUGUGGUGAAAUCCGACUUGAACGUAGAAUAUUUGCUACGCAGUAUGGGCAGUUCCCGCUGGCCCGAACGUACCCAACGAUUGUUACAAGUGCUCGAUGUAGACGUGAAUUGGCGCAUGCAUCAAGUGUCGGAUGGUCAACGACGCCGUGUACACCUUGUUAUGGGACUGUUGCAGCCAUGGAAGCUCUUGCUCCUUGAUGAGGUUACAGUAGAUUUGGAUGUUCUCGUACGCGGUGAAUUCCUUAAUUUUCUUCGUGAAGAAUCGGAAACUCGUGGCGCGACGAUCGUUUAUGCAACCCAUAUUUUUGAUGGUUUGGGUGAAUGGCCAACUCACGUGGCUCAUGUUACCGACGGCACGAUUGUGUCGAUGAACGAUAUGCAGCAAUUCAUCGAGUUGGAACGAGUGAAAGAGACCCAUUUUGCGCAAAAGCAAUUGGAUUCGCCAUUAAUGAGAUUGUGUUAUCAAUGGUUGAGAGACGAUCGUGACCGCUUACGCAAUAAGCGAAGAAAAAUAGACCCAGCCACAGGUCAACCUCACACCAAAUGGGAUGAUCUAUCAGAAGAUAUGAAGCAACACGGAGAUAAAUAUUACAAUUACUGGAAAUAAUAAAAAAAACCAGGAUGCUGUAUAGACAUUAGUUAUCGUCUGUUGAAAAGCCCGGGUCUUCAUGUCCUUUAUAUGAGUGGGCGUUGAAGGGAUGUUUUAGUGUUUGUAUCGGCUAUAUCACGUUUCCCGCCAAAAAAAAAGGACCGCGUCUUUGUGGAGUAGUUUUUUUUUCCAGCAUGCGGCUUGGUAAAUGAGCUUCAAGUGGCAUGAAAACCAAUUUCAUUCGCCAUGUUUCAUUUUUGACUUUAUAAAAAGCUUAACUGCAUAGCAGACAGCAGACAGCAGACAGC